AUGGAUGAAUUGUUUGACGACGAAGUUAUGUCCCAAAUUUUAGCACGAGUCCCUGCGGAACAAGUAACAUCGCUUAAGGUAAUGAACAAAAGAUGGAAUUCAUUAAUCUCUAGUGAUAUCUUCGUUCGGCGUUUUAAUAGUAUCAUUCGUCCUGUUUUUGGUUUAUUUCAUCAUUCGACAGGUUCAAAAAUUAUUAAAUUUUUCUCUUUUGAUGUUAACGGCAAAGAUAUACUAAGCUCUCGCAAUCUUUUUGUCACGGAUGGUACGGGUCUUACUGUUCUCGAACCGGAAAACCCUUACAGGGGGCCAAGCGUAGAUAUUGUAGCUUCUUCCGGUGGGCUUCUUUUAGUACGUUCAGGGAACAAAAUUUAUGUAUGUAACCCGUUAACCUUAAGUAGCAAACCUAUUAAACUUCCAUGGUUCUAUUCUGACGAUGAUAAACCUAGGUUUGGAUUAGUCAUUAACAGUAUUAAUGAUCCAAUCAGCCGGAGUUUAUCUAACUACAAAGUGAUUUGUGUCUAUGGCCAUGAAAAUAUUCUUGGUUUCACGAUUUUCUCACCUGAAACAAUGAAGUGGAGACUUUCGAAUUGGAAAUUUAAUUGCAGCGGUGAAGAGAUAUUUGAAAGGCUCGACUCCGUUUAUCAUCGAGGAGCUUUACAUUGGUUGAGUAGCACACAUAUACUUGCUUUUCAUGUAGAGGAAGAACGAAGCUGGAAAAUAGAAUUACCACCAAACAUGGUAAUAGGUUGUAUUGGAAACUGCCCAAAUACUUGGUUUGGAAUUGCUGAAGAGGCAGUUAAUAUAUUAUCAAUUUCUGACAAAGAAAUAAUCGUCUGGGUGCUUGAAGACUAUGAAAAUAGCGAGUGGCAGAUUAGGAGAAGGAUUAAAAAAACUUGGCGCAACUUUACUUCUGAUAGGAUUUCCAGUAUACCAACCUUCUACGACGGCGAACGAUUAGUGCUUGUAUUGCUGAAAAAAGUCGCGGGAAAUUAUCAGUACCAUGCACUAAUAAAAAAUAUUAGAUCAGGAGCCGAAAGGACCAAGCGCUUAGAAGAUUGGCUAGGUGCUCCUAGGAAAUAUAUUCCUUACGCGGGUACUCUAGCGAAGAUGUAA